AUGAAGCGGGAAUAUCUCCAGCUGGGUUCACUCCCGGCCUGGCUCAAGCUCAACGGGAUCGAUGCCAAUGGCGUUGCAUGCCAGCAACUUGGCUCAAGUGAGAGCGGAGCAGAUAAGGGCAAUGCUCUUGUAGCAAUUGAGAACAAGUCCAGCGGUGAAAGUGAUGCUUCGCCAGAAGUCCUCCUGCGGGUCCCAUCGAGCUUGGUACUGUCGUUGGAGACCGUUCAUGACUACUCCAAAUCCGAUCAUCAUCUUCGGGAGGUAUUGGAGGCUGUCGGCGAUUUCGGAAGGACCCCGAGAGGUGCAAUCAUGAUAUUCCUUCUGGUACAAUUCACACAUUCGUGUCUGGAAAUGCCCAAGCACAUAGGCGUUUCAAGUCCGUGGACAGAAUACAUCAAAUUCAUGCCACCAUGUUUCCCACUGCCUACAUUUUACUCAGCCGAAGAGCAAGAGCUGCUGAGGGGAACUUCGCUCGGAGAUGCAGUGGCAGCCAAGGAAAGCUCUCUGGAGCGGGAGUUUGAGCAUCUCAGGCAGUCUACGGAGCACAUAGACUGGUGUCAGUUGUGCUGGUGGGACGAAGGUACGGGCAAGAUGACCCUUGAUGAUUUGAAAUAUGCCGAUGCUGCGUACCGGUCGCGUAUGGUGGAUCUACCCGGAAGUGGACAUGCCAUGGUGCCCUGUGUCGAUAUGGCUAACCACACCUCGGAAGAGGAAGUGAAUGCGCUGUAUGAGGCUGACUCGGAUGGAAAUGCGAUUCUGCAGCUGCGUUGGGGCAAGAGUGUACAACCUGGCGAUGAAGUGACUAUCACAUACGGCGAGGAGAAGCCCGCGUCCGAGAUGAUCUUCUCCUACGGGUUCCUCGAUAGCAACAGAACCGAGGCAAAGCAGGUCUUCUUAGAUAUGACAAUACCAAGUGAUGAUCCUCUUGCUAUUGCCAAGAACAUGAUAUGUCGGGAGGCCCCUGGAAUUCGGAUAUCCAUGGCUCAGGACACAUCUGAAAACUCACAUCAGACGAUUUGGGAUAGCUCCAUUGUCUGGUGGGCGUGUGUGAACGAGGAAGACGGUCUUGAAAUUGGGGUCACCCAGACUACAGAGGGAACAAGAGAGCUGGAAACUAUCUGGAAGGGCGAAAAUAUCCGAGCGCCGACUCAACUUCGAGAUCUCCUAGCCACUGACCCGGCGUGGGAAAUCUUCCAGCUUCGUGCAGUUAUGCUGGUACUUGAACGACUAGAAGCGCAACUCUCAAUUCUCCAGGAGACAGAGGAGGUCCUGAACAACCUUCGCGAGAAUGAGACACUUUUCAAUAACCUGUUCAGACCCGAGAUAUUUACCCUGGUAACCCGACUACGAAAGCUCGAAGCAGAGCUACUGGAGCAGGCUGUCGGUGACCUCUUAAAGCAGAGAAAGGAGUUGAUCGCAUCCAAAACAGUCACUGCGUAUCUCGCCCAGCAGCAACAAGCCGAGGAAGUCGAAGAUUUCUCAUAA